AUGGAUAGAAGCCGCAAACGUGCUGUGGAGAAGCGAGCAGACGAAUUACUGAAGGAGUUAAACGAGAAAAUAGACGUCGAAUGGGAAUCCGGAAACUUUACAGAGCAGCUUCGCCUACCUCCGGGAGUAUCAACGUUCCGAUGGCCACUUGAUGAUGAGGAUGAUUCGAACUCGCACCAGAUGGUAACGGACGCUGUAAAUAUUGUACAAAGUGUAAGUACUGCUAGCCUGCUCCUGGUGAUGUGCUGGAAAUUUCUUAAAUUGAAAUUUCCACGCGAUUCACGAACAUUCCUCCAAACUCCCACCCAAGUGUCAGUCGACGGGCUUCCACUUUUUAAGAGCUCGGCUACUCAAUUUUGGCCAGUUCUUAUAAAAGUGGAAGAAUUGCCAGACGCUCCGGUUAUGCCCGUAGCUAUUUUCUGCGGGCAAACAAAACCGGAGAGUGUCGAACAGUAUUUGCGGCCGUUUGUUCAGGAAAUGAACAUUCUUAUGGAAAGAGGCUUGAAAUUCGGCGAUAAAGAAGUACAUUUAUCUAUAAGUGCAUUUAUCGCCGAUUCUCCAGCACGGUCAUACAUAAAAUCAGUGAUGGGAUUUUCUGCUAAGCAUGGUUGCACAAAGGGUACCAUCCUAGGAGUACACAUCAAACCGGAAAAUAAAGUUAUCUUUGACUCCGUGCAUGCCGAAUUGCGUACGGACGCUGGCUUUCGGGCUAGAGAAGAAAAGGGCCACCAUAAGGGAAUACGGACACCUCUUGAAGAUUUGCAAAAUGUAGAUAUGAUAGUCAAUUUUCCAAUUAGCGACCGUCUCCAUCUGAUUGAUCUGGGAGUUAGCCGCAAAAUUCUCAAAGGGUUGCUUAACAACACCUUUGAGCAUUUUGAGACUUUGACCUCCUCGGUCAUUCGUCUCUGCCUGUGA